GGCAACGUAGCGCGACGCACGAGUCGUAAAACUUGCCGCAUUGCACAGCACAGCGAAAACCGCGCGUCGAGCCAUUGACAAGGUGCAGACACCUUGAGCAGCACUGAGGGCGUCGCAGUUAUGCUGAAAUCACUCAUACCACUCAUUCUUGCGACAAGGACGCGCGCCUGCGUCCUCUGCCGGGCCAAAAAAGUAACCGCGCCGCCGCGACCGGGCUGCGGCCCGCCGCCGCGCGCGGCCGCGGCCGCGGGCGUCGCCGCGGCCGUCGCCGCCGCGCCCGCCUACGCGGUAGCCGACGCGCCGGGCGGCGACGCGCCGCUCAUCGCGGCGGCGCUCGCGUUCUUCGUCGCCGUGCUCGUCGACGCCGGCGGGGACCCCGUCGAUCCCGAGCGCGAGCCGGACCUCGCGAACUUCGGGGGCGAGCCCGAGUUCGCCUACGUUCUUUUGAGGGGCUACAAGCGGGCGAUCUCGCCGAACCUGCCGAAGAACUGCCGCUUCGUGCCGACGUGCUCCGAGUACACCGCGCUGGCGAUCAAAGAAUUCGGCUUCGCGAAGGGGUUUGUGUUGUUCAUCUGGCGGCUGAUGCGGUGCAACCCCGCGGGGGGCAAGGGCUACGACUCGCCGGCCUGGCCGCCCGUGGGCUUCAAGGCCGGCGACGCGCUGCCCGCGCCGCGCGGGCGGAUGCCCUCGCUCGUUGAGGAGGACGUAGACUAA